AGAAGAGGCGGGGCGACGACUUGAGUGACUGCUGCAGAUGCUCUCAUUUAUGCGUGCAGUUACACCCGGAAGAUGGUGCAAAGUUUACAAUUUUCACAAUAUUUAAUGUUAACUGUAUUUGGAAGCAGUUUUUAUAUUAGAAGGAUAUGCCAUUUUAGCAGGUCGGCUAGUUCCGAGUUCUGUAGAAUGAAAAGCGUGUGAAUCUUGAAACCGAAACUUUUUAAAGUCAGUCCCCAGUUUCCGGGAGUAAAAAGUUUAGUUUUUAAAUAAUUCAUUGUAAAGAUUUUACAAAUCAGGUCCGAAUAUGGCCCCUGAAACAAGAAGAAGAAAACGUAUGUUAUCGUCAGAUGACGCAGUUUCUACUGAAAACCCAAAUACAGCAAUAAUAAAGAAAAGGGGACGCGCUACAAAUAAGACCCCAAACAAGACGAUUGCAAAAGACUCUGAUCAGGAAGAUGAAGUAAUGGAUGACAGUGAAAUUGGCCAAGAUUUUGGUUCUAGCAAAGAGCAUAAGAGGAGUGGCACUAAAAGAAGGAUGCCAGAUGUGGAGAUGAAUGGCUCAGAGGAUCAAACGUACCUCUCGCGGGCUGUUAAAGAGCCCCUUAAGAAGGUAAGGAAGCUGCCUGUAUCCGAGGACGGCGGGUGUUCGGAUGACAGUGACGCGAUGGAUGUCCACGAAGAAGAGGAAAUCCGCGAUGAAGAUGUGGUACCAGAGAGAAGGUCACUUUUCAGAGCAGGUGAUGAAAAGGAAAGAGAUCCCUGUGUAAAACACCCACCUGCUAAAAUCCCCGAAUCCCGGAUCCCUAUUAAAAUGCCCACUGAUGAGCCAGAAAUAAAUCUGCACAACAGAUGUAAUUAUACAAAAGCCAGAACAGAUUACAUUCAAAGACCAGUGGCUUGUUCUCCUGGAACUGGUGUCCAGUCACAGGAAAAGUACAGUCCUGCAGUUGUGGUGAAUCCAUGUCAGAAGCCUCACAGGGAUGUGACCCUAGGCAACACAAAAGUAGGCCAGUGGAAUGCAAAUUCGCUUCCUCAUUUAGCAGUGUCCUAUUCACCAAGAAACCAGGGAAACAGGAUUACCUUCAAAAAUCCAAAUAUCGAUGAAAGAACAGAAGGAUGGUGGAAGACGCUCUUGUCCACAUCGAUACUGGUCUUGCUGUGCUUCCUAGUGGUUUGCCUGCUCCUGGUGGGCGAUAACACAGACAUAGCGGUUCCUCAUGACAAGAACAUGACAAAUGGCUUUGAAGCCCAGUUCAUGCGUUUAGAAUCUCAAUUCCCCAGCCAGAGGGCAGAACUGUGGAAGAAGAGUAAAAUACUUCUGAUUAGGAAUCUCAAGACAAACCAACGCAAAGAGCCGCUCAGCAUAAUCUUGACGUCAGGACUCAGGGCCAAGAAGACGCUCCACUGUCUGGCUGUCCUCAUAGCCACGGCCUUGUCUUCUACCCUCAACGUGACUGUCGUGCGGAUCGACGGGGCCGGCCUGGCCUCGCUAGACAGUAACCAAGUAAAACUGGAUAUUGACAAGAAGCUCAUGGACACUUUUACAGACGACAAGGGCGUGGCCGUCAUCCAGCAGUUCGAGGAGCUCCCUCCGGGAUCCACGCUCAUCUUCUACAAGUACUGUGACCAUGAAAAUGCGGUUUUUAAGAACACAUUCUUCAUCUUCACCAUCCUCCUGCCUGUGGAGGAGCUCGACCCGGAACUCAGUCUUAAAGAAGUGGAGGAGGCGGUUCAGGACCACAUCGAGGGCAGGUUCCUCUCUCGUGGCCAGCCGGCCUCUUUCGAUACUAUUGAUGCCGAUAAAUUUGGUGGCCUUUGGAGUCGGAUCUCACAUUUAAUUCUGCCUGUGGUGCCAGAGGCGGAUACUGAGCAGAAUGGGUGUCGCAUUUAAAAAUCGCACUGCGCCGUUUUCACUGUUAUAUGCUGAUAUACACCAGUGAAGAUUAAUUACCUGAAAUGUUGUUUUGUUUAUUUAUGUCUUUCUUAUGUUCAUCUAAAGGGCUAAAUUGAAAGAAAACAAAAACUCUCAGGGAGCUGGUGGUACGUGUCCUAUAACAGGCAUGUGAGCCUGCAGUGUGUCUAGACAGAUGUUCUCUCAAGGUUAAUAAAGGGUUUGUUUUUGUCGAAAGGCAGCAGAACGCAGGCUGCAGGGACGAGGAGCGUGAAACCCCGGUUAAGAUGGAAAUAAGUUGCUGGGAUUUGUGGGAACGUCCACGUGUUACGCUGCAGUGAUGGAUUCUUCGAGAGCUUAGCUGGACGCAACACAAAAAGCCUGAAUUUAGCAUACAUUUCCAAAACCAGCAAUGUAAUGAAUUAAUAUGAAAUAUGAAUUAAUAUGAAGUUAACAGCACUUGGGCGCUGCGGUUUAUGCCCAGGCUUAGUGCUCGUGCAGCAGAGGUUCAGGCAGGAUGAGCUGGAGGCAGCUGCCUCACCAGCAAAAUUGCCCUUUUUACAAAAAAUAUUCAUAAGUUUGUGCUUUUGUGUGCUACAGUGUCCGGCAAACAAAGCUCGCGGUCCAGCAGUUUGCUUACAGCUUCUCUCAUCAUUCAUGCUUUACCAAAUUUUACAAGCUUUUAAAUGAAAUUGUAAUCAACUCACAACGAGUACUUGGCCAAAGCUGAUUUCACUGCUGAACACUUUUGACGGACAUCUGCUUAAGGUCCCGUCACAGUGACAGCAGGUCGGAAUGUAAUGACCUUUAAAGAUGAUGUAUGCUACUGUGAGAUGUGUAAUUUGAUGGGUAAUAUCAGGACAAAUUCAUGGAAUAUUUUUAUGAUUUUUGCAUUAAUACAAGUGUUGCUUAAAGACAAGAUUCAGCUCUUAAUACAAAAUCUGGGGGGAAAUGUUAGAUUUUAAUGAAGCUGGUAGGAAAUUAUGAUUGCAUUGUUACAUUAUAGAAGUGAUUUUCAGCUAGGGGUGGGUGAUCUUCCCUGAACAUCAUGAUUUUUAUAACAGACAAUCGCGAUCCACAAUUGUGCUUUUGGCUUAGCGGAGGGGGAAGUCUGAUACGGAUUGGGCUGUGACUCACAUUAAACUUAAACUGUCUAAGUUCUUUGUGAAGUUUGGAAGUAUUUGUAGGAGGACACAAGAUCUCUACGAUUUGCAUAAAAAGUACAUCGUGGACAUCUUCAAGAUCCAUCGCCAUAUAGAAUUUGAUGGCCCACCCCUAUUUUCAACCUUAGAUUGCACUGAUUAUUAUAAUAUGUUCAAAUAUUGUAUAAUCCAUCUGUUGUAUAAUGUUGUGUAAUUGAACUGCAUUGAUUUGUGCCCAGCAAAAAUAUUGUUCUUGAAUUUUGUUUUUAAUUGUUGAUGUAGCUUAUGAAGGUCACAUUCUUCCAUUCUUUGUGAUUCUAUAUUCUUAGUUGGACUGAUUUAAUCAGAGCAAAGAACAGUGAUUGUCAGCUUUAGGUAAACAGUUAUUUAACCAGGGAAUAUGAGACAGUAUCGGAAUAUUUAACCACUGUUUAAUGACACCAACAUAUGGAAUCGCUUUCCUUCAUGUUAAAAAAGGUGGAAACAUUAAAAAGGUAGAGGGGACGAUUAAACAUAAAAUUGUUUUGAAAUGUACCGAUUGUAAAAACAAAAAUGUGAAUGUUGAGUUGAAUUGCAACCACAGAUUUUCUUUUGGAAAAAAAAAUCUGUUUUAGUGAAGAACAUAUUUUAUAGAUGCACUGAUGUGACUGUAUGUGCCAGAUUUUUAAAUUGUGACUGCAACUAGUUUUAAAAUACCAAACAUCUCUUUAUACUUUACUGUUUGUUUUGUAAGAAGAAGUAUUUGUGUUGUAUCUAGCUGUGUGUCUUCCGGUGCUGUUUUUGUAUACAGUUAAACUUUUCCGUGAAUAUUAACUACGUUGAAUUUCAGAAAAAGGCUUCAUGUUUAAAAAUGUGUUGAACCAUGUGAAUGUGAUUCUAAGUGUGUCAAAAACAUGCUUCUGGUAAGACUGUUAUAUUCAAACUGUUUUUUUUUUUCUUUUUUUGUUUUUUGCUUUUAAAUGAAUUUUUAAAUGCAAUACUCAGUUGUCUCUGAAAAAUAAUGCUGUGAUUGAUUGCUGUUUUAAACUUUUACAUCUCAGUUUGCUUGAAUAAAGAGGGCAUUUCGUAUUU